CUUUACUCUGUUUUACUGCCACUUCUUACUUAUUUUUUUUAGUUGUAUUUUCCAUGGUUGAAUUUUCCUUCCAUCUAUUCUUACAGACAAGGUUGCAUCCUUCUCCUCCUGACUGGUUCCUCCCCAAUCCUCCAGUGGGUCCCCUGACUCUCAUCUCUCUUUUCUUCUCAUUUUUCUUCCUGGUUUUUCAACAAGGCUGUGGUGCCAGCUCAACCCCGAGGCUGUACUCUAUCUGAUCAUGGCUGUGUCUUCGAUUCCUUAUGGACGGUGGUCUCCAUUAUUCAUCAUCUGUACGGAACUAUACCUAUAAUACAACAGGGAUAAUACCCUGUCCUCCCGGAAUCGUG